AUCGAAAGUACCCAACUGUAAUAGGAAGGCUUUUCUUUUUAACUUAAAACUGUCUGCUAGGCAGUUUUUGUGGAGUAAAAUGGAAAACACUGGCAAUCUACCCUCAUUGGAUAAUGAUUCUUUUGAUUGGAGGAGAUUUAUAAAACAGACUGUUUUGCGCACCCUGUGCUGGGUAUUCGCCAUUGUUGUUUUUGGAACCAUCUCAGACCAAGGCUACUAUAGCCCCACGAGUAAAACAAAUGGCACCUGUAUGUUUAACAACAAUGAAUGCGCAUGCAGCUAUGCGGUGGGAGUUGGAGUCCUGGCCUUUGUGGCUUGUGUUGUGUUCCCCAUCCUGGACGUCAUCAUUUCAAAGAUCUCUAGUGCCACAGCGAAAGAUCGCAUUGUCAAAGGAGAUCUGGCCUUCUCCGCGGCUAUGACCUUCCUGUGGUUCAUCUGUUUCUGUGUCUUGCUCAACCAGUGGACCAGAACUAACUCCGAAUAUGUCAUGGCCGAUGCUGCCCGAGCUGCCGUUGCUUUCUCCUUCUUCUCAAUCAUCACCUGGGCUGUUUUGGCGUACGUUGCAUACGGAAGGUAUAAUGUAAACCUGAACACCUGUGAGUGGCUGACUGCUUUAUUUCCCAGAAUCAUUGGAAAUGGAAAUUCUGAAUAGAUGUUCUCUCUCCCACGGUGCCCUCUGUACAGCAUAGACUUUGAUUGUUCAAACCCCACACAGGUGAGAUUUGGAUUCGAGGCAGCAAAUAUUAACUUUGAGACUGACUUUCAGCAGCCAAACAGAUUGGACAUGUAGGCUACUAAAAGUAAAACAAAAGGAGCCUGUCUGUGUUUGUUGUUUAUUUAGCUACGUCUGUAAAAGACUUUCCAUUGGAUUAUUUAAAAAAUGUUCGGAUUAGAAAAAGCUCUGCUCCUCAGGCUCGUAUGCGUUGUUUGUAUCAGCUGUGUAACAAGACAUUUUUAAAUUGUACUAGAGAAAAUGUGUGUUCCUGGUUAAAACAGACACUCGGCACUCCUCUGGCAUUAAACGCAUCACCUAUUAUCCCAGGCCUUGAACAUGUGAAUUAUGUGUUUUUAUAGGCAAACUAGUGCAUAAAUAACAUGUUUACAGGAAAUACCCUAAUCUAAUUAAUGUUGAUUUGUGGUAACAGUUUCAUUAUGUUUUUUCUCUG